AACAACCUUACAAUUCAGGCCAAGAGUUCCAACCAACACAGUGAGCUCUCCUCUUCAGACCUCUCCCUUCUCCCCUCCAGGAGUCUAGGGUUAGAGAGAGGCAGAGAGUGAGAGAAGAGCAAAAAACAACCUCUAGCCCCACUGUUGAUUAAUUUGCCAGCAGGCUUGUUGUCAACUUCAUAUCUGUCUUAUUUCCCUUCAAUAUCUUCGUAUCACAAUGGCUGGCCUAUCCAUGGAGCACCCUUGGGCAUUCGCCUUCGGCCUACUGGGCAACAUCAUCUCUUUUACGAGCCUCCUCGCCCCGAUACCAACAUUCUACCGGAUCUUCAAGAGCAAAUCCACUGAGGGGUUCCAGUCGGUGCCCUACGUCGUGGCCCUGUUCAGCGCGAUGCUGUGGAUCUUCUACGCGCUGGUCAAGACCGGCGAGGGCCUCCUCAUCACCAUCAACGCUGCCGGCUGCGUCAUCGAGACCGUCUACAUCAUCAUGUACCUCGUCUACGCCCCCAGGAAGGCCAAGAUUUUCACAGCCAAGAUCGUCCUCCUCCUCAACGUCGCCGGCUUCGGGCUAAUCUUCCUCCUCACCCUCUUUGCCUUCCACGGUGAGACACGGGUUGUAUCGCUCGGGUGGAUCUGCGUCGGCUUCUCCGUCUGUGUCUUCGUCGCACCUCUCAGCAUCAUCGGUCGUGUGAUCAAGACCAAGAGUGUGGAGUACAUGCCCUUCUCCCUCUCCCUCACGCUCACCCUCAGCGCCGUCGUCUGGUUCCUCUACGGCCUGCUCAUCAAGGACAAAUACGUCGCGCUCCCAAACAUCCUUGGCUUCACAUUCGGGAUGAUCCAGAUGGUCCUCUACAUGUUCUACAUGAACGCGACGCCGGUCGUGGCAAGCGAUGCCAAGGAGGGGAAAGAGGCAUGGAAGGUGCCCGCAGAGGACCACGUCGUCGUGAUCAACGUCGGCAAGGCCGACAAGAGCUCGUGCGCCGAGGUGCGCCCGGUCGCCGACGUUCCCAGGAGAUGCGCUGCUGAGGCGGCGGCGCCGGGGCAGCAAGUGAUGGCGGUGGACUUUGCGCGUUCUGUUGAGGUGGUCUAGAUGCAGCCAUGCAUGGCUCAUGCAUGAGUCGUGCAAGCUUUAAUAUGUAUACAACCUUUUUGGAGGGUAUGCGGUGCUGUAGAUUCCCGCAUGCAGGGUAUGCAAUGCCUUUGUUCUGUUAUAUCAACGUGUUGAUAAUAUGAGGCAUAAACAAUAACGUGUUGAUAAUA